GGACUCUUCUAAUUUUUCAGGGGUGUUGAAGACAGGAUGAGGGUGUUUUUUCUUCCUUCCUUUCUUCAUUUACUUGGACUAACUGUCCUGGCUGACUGUCAAGGUGAGAAUUACCCUGGGAAUCUCUGGGAGUUCUCGCCAGGUGAGAAUGUGGCUUUAAAAGGGAAAGCCACUCUGUCUGACCUUUAUGGACAUGGCAUUGCAUACAAUGCCAUUGAUGGAAAUCGUGAUGGCAUAUAUGAUCAUGGCUCCUGUGCUCAUACAAAAGUUCAUCUCAGCCCUUGGUGGAGAGUGGAUUUGCUCCAAAAAUAUAAAGUCUUCUCUGUGAUAAUCACCACCGAGGUUAGGGUUCCAGAGAGACUGGAUGGGGCUGAAAUCCGAAUAGGAAAUUCUCUCGUUGACAAUGGUGUCAACAACCCCAGGUGUGACAUAAUCUCGUCUAUUCCUGCUGGGUUUUCCGUGACCUAUGAGUGCAAUGGGAUGGAGGGACGCUAUGUUACUGUGGUGAUUCCUGGACGUAUAGAGCAUCUAAUACUCUGUGAAGUGGAGGUAUAUGGAUUGCCACUGUCAUCCACAUUUUUUAGUAACAACUAGUACAACUAGUUUUCACAAUGGGUUCAGUAGUUGUAUUAUCAUCUUUAAUUUUUUAAAUGUUCCUCACUGUUGUGUAGUGCUGAAUUAAAAGCUUUCCAUUG